AUGCAGCCUCUCGCGCCUCUCGCACCAGAAAGCGAUGGCAACCAGGCGACCCAGGACAUUCCCUUCCGCUCCGUCUCCAAGCAUACGCACCGCACCUGGGCGCGCACCUUUUCUUGCAUCGCAGAUGUCUACGUGCAGCCCCAGUCGCUGCCCGAAAUCGAACAUGUGGUCAAUCUUGCACACAGAUAUCGCAAGCGAGUCGUGACGGUGGGAUGUGGCCACUCGCCUUCCAACAUCGCCCUCACCUCGAGCUGGCUGGUCAACCUGGACAAGUACAACAAGAUCCUCUCCCUCGACCCCAAGACCGGCGUCGUGGUGAUGCAGAGCGGCAUCCGCCUGUACACGCUGUGUGAGGAACUUGAGCGCCACGGCUGGGCCAUGCCAAACCUGGGCAGCAUCAACCAGCAAUCCAUUGCCGGCGCCAUCUCUACAGGAACGCAUGGCAGCAGCGUCCGCCACGGCCUCAUGUCUGAGGAUGUUCUGUCUCUCAAAAUCACCCUCGCCAAUGGCACCACCCAGGACUGCUCCAGAGACCAAAACUCUGACCUUUUCCAAGCCGCGCUGCUCUCGCUUGGCUCACUGGGCAUCAUCUCAGAGAUCACCUUCCAGGCUGUCCCAGCCUUUGAUCUUCGGUGGAAGCAGACCAUCGAUACAGACCUGAAAGUCUUCGACUCAUGGUCCAAGGACUUGUGGACCCAGAGCGAGUUUGUCCGGGUCUGGUGGUUCCCUUAUACACGGCGAGCGGUGGUCUGGCAGGCUGAUCAGACAACCGAGGAGCACCGCGAGCCUCCCGUGAGCUACUAUGAUGGGGCCCUCGGCUACUACGUCUAUCACAACCUUCUCUACCUUGCGCAGUCUUUCCCUCGCAUCCUGCCCUGGGUCGAGUGGUUUGUCUUCGGCAUGCAGUAUGGGUUUGCCAACGGCUCCACCACGAGUGCUGUCCAGCCAAGCCGCAAAGCGCUGUUGAUGAAUUGCCUCUACUCCCAGUUUGUCAACGAGUGGGCUAUUCCCCUGCACAAGGGGCCCGAGGCACUCCGCAGACUGAGCUCAUGGCUCAACCAACUCUCUCCUAGCGACCCGGACUAUGUACCGCACAGCAUCCCCUUUUCCGCCGAGGGGCUCUAUGUCCACGCGCCAGUUGAGGUGCGUGUCAGCGACACAACUCUGACUUCAAACGCCCGACCUCUCCUUGACCCAACUGUCAAGGAUGGCCCGACAUUGUACCUCAAUGCGACUCUGUAUCGCCCUUACUUGCGCGAUCCACCCUGCCGGGAACGUUACUAUCAAGCCUUUGAAUGGCUGAUGAAGGAUAUGGGCGGCAAGCCGCAUUGGGCCAAGAACUUUGAAACCUUUCGUCCGGAAAUUGAACACAUGUACGGCGAUGACCUCGACAAGUUCAGACAAAUCAGAGACGCUGCCGAUCCACAAGGUAUGUUCCUGGGCCCUUGGCACAGAGACCGCAUUCUUGCGAAGGAUGCCCGAUACGAGCUCGAGGAGGUUGAAGUCCAGAGAACACAGUCCGUCAAGGAUGGCAUUACAGUUUUCGGCCAAGUCUGA